AUGAUACUGGCUCCCAUUCCAGAUUAUACUCAGUUAAAUCUGAGAUGUCCUGACAGCGGGCCGCGGGCCACCAGGAUGCCGACAGACGAUGACUAUGGCCGAAGAGAACGUCUUCUAUUGCAUCAGAAUCCAGCCUCUCAGUUCGGAGUGUCAUCAGUAUCAUCAGUGUCAGGAGGUAAUCCCACAAUUUCGGGAUCACAAAUUGUGUCGAAUACCUGUAAUAAUAAUAGCAUUAAUAACGAUUUGUCAAGCUAUCAAAAGCAAUCAGAGUCAAAAGCACCACCAUCCAGCGGUACUUCUCCAGAACGCUACCAGAAGGCAUGCGAAGGUUACUCUGGAAGCAACGAGAAGACUCAGUCAAGCGUGUCAAAUAACUAUGGAGUUCAAAGCACAAUGGACAAGUAUGAAAAACAGAGUGAUAAACUACAAUCACAGCAAAUUGAUGACACAACUUUGUAUGGUGAACAAUCUCGUUCAAUAUCGUCUUGCUGCGAGCGAUUCAGUAAAUCUCAAAAUUCCGAAAAAUUUAACCAAAUUUCUAUAUGUUCGGGGGGAAAUCAGAAUAUUCAUCAAUACUCAAGACAGCAACAGUCCGUACCGCAAAGUAGUAUCAAUCAACUUCCUCGAUACUCUGAGGCUAACUCUGUUAUCUCCGAUCAACGAUUGGGAUUGCAAUCAAACGAUCGCUUUCAACGUAUGGAUCGUUUUCAGAGUGACAGUACUUCGGGAUCAUCACCAAAAACAUCGACAGUUGGUGAAUACGCAAACUCAGGGAUUCUUGUUUUGUCCACUGGUAAGCCGUUCUCACCAGAAACAUUUCCUUCGCCACCAUCUCCAGCACCUACGAAUGACCGGUUCGUACCACCUCCUCCGCUUUCUCCGAGUCCAAGUGAUAAGUAUACCUCGACUCACAGCUUGGCUAGUUAUCCUUCUGGUGAUCGGAUUUUACAAUCUGGAUCUCCAAACACUCGAGAUAGGUACGGAACUGCACCAGCAUCACCAAUACUUAAAAAUAGAUUCGCAUCUGCUGAAAAAUUGUUGGCAGCAAACAGUGCAACCAGUACCAAUGCAACACACGAUGCCAAAGAUCAACAGCAACGAUAUACAUCUUCCACUGAGCGUCUCUUGGUUAAUGGGUCUCCAGUACUGUGUAGUCUUCAGCGUGACUCCGUUAAUCUUUUUUCAGUAUCAACUGCUAGUACUGAAUCUAAUAGAUAUCCACUGUCUCCAGAACGAUUGGUCACAUCUUCGCCGAUGCAUGCACCCGUGCCAGAAAGGUUCGCCAGCAAAACUAAAGAUCGAUUCAUCUCUGAAUCUCCAAACCAUGAGCGUUAUCAACGACAAGAAACAUUGGGUAUCUAUCAUGACAGAUUUUCUACAAUCGCAAAUUGUGAGAGGUAUCUCUCUGGUACUCAAAAUCCAGAAAAUUUACACCACCGUUAUUCAUCGACGGAAAGAGCUUUGGCUAAUUCAUCUACAACAGAUGCACUCCAACCACGUUGUUUUCCUUCAACUGAACAAUAUCCUAAGUAUUCGGAACGAAGUGAUCGAUGCACCAGCUCAAACUCACCUGCCCCAACAGAGUACUCCUGUAGAUAUUCAACCUUUCAAGAUACAGCUGGACAAUCUAGAUAUUCAGCAGAUCGUUUCAACGAUCUCACACUGCAGCGCUAUAGCCAAUCACGAUCCAAUGAUAGAUUUAAUGAUCGCUAUCUUUCUAGCUUGUCUCCGACUCAUGAUGGAAGAAUUACUUCAGAAUCUAAUCGGUAUGCUAGCACUUCUUCGACUGAAAGACUUCUCGUUUCUUCGUCACCAUCAUCAUCUGAGAAUAGUCGGUAUCAAAACUUGUAUGCGAGUUCAGGACAAACAUCAAACGAUCGCUUUAACCAACAAUCACCACCGUUGGACAACAAUGGUACAAUCCGUAGCUACCAAAAUCAAGUAUCGACAAAAAGUGAUAAGUUUAUUCAAGUUUCAAAAUCGAUAUCUAGUUACGAUCGUUAUCAGCUUACAAGCUCGGAUCAAUAUGAACACUCAAAUCAAGAGCGAAUGUACGGAUUCGAUAAGUAUUCCAACUCGACAGCCGGAAAUGACCGAUAUCAAGGAAGUGAACAACGUUAUCAUGGAAAUUCAGAAAGUUUUUCUCCAGCUCGCGUAGUUGGAGACAAGUACUUAUCGUUGCCAAAGCCAAAGGAUAAUUAUCCAACAGGCAGAAUAAUUUCAUCUUGUUCAUCAGUAAUUAAUGGUAAUGAAGCGAGGGGAUUUGGUAAUCCUUCAGGUGUUAGUAGUUAUGUACCACCAAAUGCCCAUACUCCUGUUGAGAGGUAUGUUCCUCAACCACCUCCAGAGGUUCUUUUUCCUGAGAGAUACGUCGAUAGGUACGUAUCAUCCACGGCGCAUACACCGACGUAUGUGCCGACUGCAGAUCCAGGUGACCCCUAUAUGAGGCGAGAUCUGGGAUUUCAUCACCAUUACCGACUACCACCACCUGGUUAUCCAUAUCAUCAAUCUCAUUUUCGCUUUCGUGGUUUUGCGUAUGCAUCACCUGGUAGAAUAGGAGGUAGUCCUGGAUCAAGUAGCUCAAGUAGCUCUACAUCAGUUCAAAGAGAUUUCUCUACUUCACCUUCAUUAAGACCGAAAGUUCGUGCAUCCGCGAUAGAGUUUACUUCUACUAUUAGACCGAGUCAAUCAUGCUGUGGGGAUAGUGUGGGUGGACAAAGAAAUUGUUGUCAAGUUAGAAGAUCUUUGCCUCCUGGUGCUUUGUCUUCUAUACCUUCUAAUCAGUCUACACACUCUUCUUGGAUCACCCUUUUUGCUUCAUUUUUUAUUUUAUCUGCUGGUCCUCCAAAAAUGUCAAUAUCUGUAGCAUAUUUGUUUAUGACUUUGCUCAUUUUGUAUAUCGGUGCACGCGUAGAGAGUCGCGACUUUAUUAAUAGUAAUUCCAAUAGUCUUGGUUCACGUAGACGAGUGCCUGGUACAAUAAAGUUGAGACGUUCAACUAGUUCUGGUACAUAUAUAUUUCCACUUACAAUAUCAGCUCCGCAACAGAACACAUUAACAAGACAACGACCCCAAGAAAAAUCGGAAUCUCGGCCUGAAUCCCGAAGCUUCCCACCCAGUGUGAUUUCUAUUUUUGAGACUGGAGCUCCAGAUACAGAAAGCGUUAACAAAGGAGAAAAUGCCGUCAGUGAAGAAGAAGAAGCAUUUUUCCAAAAAUUCACACCAUCUCCAACAAUAUCAACGCAUCAACAAUCACAGAUUCCAAUAGAUCAAGCCGGAGCAUCUAAUAUUAAAACUGACGAGAUUACGUCCUUAAGCAAUAAACCUAUUGAUAAAAAUGAACGGAUCUCAGAUCGGUCGGAUGUUAUGGAUGAGCUUGGAAGAUACGCGUCUCAAAAAGAAGAAAAGUCAGUAUUAGAUGGAGCACAACCACAGACGAGACGACAUGCAGUGACACCGCCAAAAGAUCAUUAUACAUCAAGAACGACGAGUUGGCGCAGGUCACGAAACGAUGCCAGAAGGAGCGAUCAAGAAUCAACUACACUUAGUCACCAGCAGGAUGAUGGUCUUGUUCUCAGAAGAGAAAUAACAACUGGAAGAACAAGAAUAUCACCCAAUACUAUUGAUCGUGUUUUUGAUAACAGUAACAGACGUCAAUAUGGAAUGGGUGUUGUUGGAAGAUUUUUUGGUCGAUCAUUUCGUAAAAGUGUUGCUCACAAACCACAAGUAAAAAAGCAAUUAGAUGACAUUGAAGAUCAUAGACCUUACUUUACUUACUGGAUUACAACUGUUCAAGUUCUUGUACUUAUUAUUUCACUGGCGUGUUAUGGAUUUGGACCUAUUGGUAUUGAUUUGAAUCAUCGAUCAGGUCUUGUCCUCGUGACAAGUCUAUCUUUGCAACAAGUAGACUAUCAAGAGCCUGCAAACUUUUGGAUCGGUCCGAGAGCAGCUGACCUCAUUCAUUUAGGUGCUAAAUUUGCACCUUGUAUGAGACGCGAUAUGAAAAUUCUUAAGGAAAUCGAUGUAUGGCGGGAACGAGAAAGAGAUACAGCAUGUUGCAUCAGGAAUGAUGACUCAGGAUGUGUGCAAUCGAGUAAAGCCGACUGUUCAAACACAAUAUCAACAUGGAAAAAAUGGGGCCCUGGUGAUAAUGGACCUGGUGGUCGAAUAAGUGGAUCUGUGUGUGGUUUAGAUCCUAAAUUUUGUGAUGCUCCUGCUAGUAUAGCGCCCUACGAAUGGCCUGAUGAUAUCACUAAAUGGCCAAUAUGUCGCAAAACAAAUCCAUUUAGUCAACGAUUUCGAAGUAACAAUGGUCAUGCUCAAAACAACAACAACUUUCCGGUUGGUCGGUAUAAGGAUAAAAUGGCUGAGCAUAUGGUAUGCGAAGUUAUUGGACAUCCCUGUUGCAUUGGUAUCCACGGAAUGUGUAGGAUAACAACCAAAGAAUACUGUGAUUUUGUACAUGGAUAUUUCCAUGAAGAAGCGUCUCUUUGUUCACAAGUUGAAUGCCUUCAUGAUGUUUGUGGAAUGAUACCAUUUUUGCACCCUGAAUGGCCAGAUCAAUUCUACCGGUUAUUUACUACAACAUUCCUUCAUGCAGGAAUUCUUCAUCUUGCUAUAACCUUAUUCGUUCAAUAUUAUUUGAUGAGGGACCUCGAAAAAUUAACGGGAUCUUUAAGAAUUGCUUUGAUUUAUUUUACGGGAGCUUUGGCUGGUAAUCUUGCAAGUGCAAUAUUUAUCCCCUACAGAGCUGAGGUUGGUCCUGCUGGAGCUCAUUUUGCUUUACUUGCAACAUUAGUCGUGGAGGUUCUCAAUUGUUGGCCAAUGUUGAAACACCCACGUCGGGCGCUUACUAAAUUAAUUUUAAUCCUCGUUGGAUUUUUAAUACUCGGAGUUUUGCCCUGGGUUGAUAAUUAUGCUCAUUUUUUCGGUUUUAUUUUUGGUUUCUUUGCAUCCUACGCUCUCCUACCGUUUAUUUCUUUUGGUGAAUACGAUCGUCGUAGAAAGAUAAUCCUUAUUUGGAUAUGUUUUGUACUUAUAUUAGGUUUAUUUGGUCUUCUUCUUGCUCUUUUUUACAACAUACCAGUGUAUGAAUGUGAAAUAUGUAAACUUUUUAAUUGUAUUCCAUUUACUCGUGAUUUUUGUGCAUCUCAAAAUAUAAAUUUCAAAAGAGAAGAACCUGUAUGA